UAGAUGUUUGAUUUAUUCCGUGGGAACUUCUGUGUUAUUUUGAAAACUACUAACGGUGUCCGUUAGCCUAGUGAGAGUUUUAUUUCGAAACGCGUAGCAGGAAGUUGGCAUUGUCGCUAGCUUGUGUAGCAUAAAAAGCACAUUGUGUACUUGUGCUGCUGCUGCUGCUGCUGCUACUGUGUAUGUGUGUGUGUGGCAGUGGUGGUCUGCCUUUCUCCAGAUACUGUUGCAGGACUCUUCCUUUCUAGCGUGUCAUCUUGUCAGCACCUGGUUGCCUUUAGACACGGACGGUGAGACGUCCAGCUCUGAUUGUGAGAAUUAAUGUGCCUGAGAGUCUGACACACGUCUGUUCAAUGGCUACCUCGGGCCCCACCUCUUCUGCCUCCAUCUCCGCCGCUGUGCCUGAGGGUUUCCAUUAUGAAACCAAAUACAUUGUGCUCAACUACCUGGGCUUGCUGCCUGUGUGCAGGACGCCGUCUACGGCUCAAGGAGAUGUCCAAAAUGAGCGAGAGAGGACCAGGAUGAUAAAAGAGCAGAUAGAGGAAGAGAUGAGGCAACUGGAAGAUGAAAUCACCGCCUCUUUCUCCAGCGCAGGAUUUGACCGCCACGCGUCUCCGGUGUUCAGCCCCAUCAAGCCAGAGAGCUCCAUCGAAGACUGCCUGGCAGCGAUGGGAGACAAGGUGGCCAGAGAGCUGGACACACACCUGCCUGCGGCCGUGAACGCUCUCAACACUGGACCCUUGGAUUACCAGAGAUUCAGAAACGCCACACUGGAUCUGUCGUCGCACACACAAGGAGGAUGGAGCAAGGUGCUAGUGCCCUUGGUGCUGCUCCAGGCUCUGCAGAGCGAGGGCCACUCUGUGACGACUCUUCUGCAGCUGGGCCUGCGCCUCCUAGAGGAGGACGAGGCCGGCUUCAUCACCCAGCAAGGCGGAUGGGGUGAAAUAUUUAGCCUGGUGCCAGAGGAGGAGCGAGGCGCGAGCAUCGCCGAGGACAGCAACGACAUUUACAUCCUCUCCGGGGAGCAGCAUCCCGACCAGCUCAGCCCCCCCUCGCCGCUGCUCUGCACCGGGGACAACAGCAGCGAGCCGAGCUCCUGGCAGACGGAGAGCUUGCCCGUGUCUCUGGCCGGCCACGAGUCGUGGGCGCAGGUCGGUGCGAUGGACCCCGAAGACGUCAAGAGCCUGGACAGCAACGAGGGCGUGGCCCUGGCCGAGGAGCGCAGCGAGAACAACUCCUCCAACUCGGACAUUGUCCACGUCGAGCGCGAGGACGCCGAGAUGCUGGAGGAGGGCGGCGAAGCCGGGGUGAUAGAACAAAGCAUGAUGAGUGUUUUGGGCACAGAGAGCGAUCUGGCCGAGCUCAGGGAGGAAUUUAGGGACCAGACUCCCCCUGUCCCAGUGUUGGACAAGAUGGACCCCACGCCCCCAGCUUCCCUGAUCUCAUUAGAGGAGCCGGUUGUGAUAGAGGCGCCCACAAGCUUGUCUGCAGAACCUUCCUUCGCCUCCUCGGAACCAGAGCUGCUUCCCCCGCCCCCAGAACCCGCCGUCUCCCCUCCCGCCGCACCGGAGCCCGAAGCACCGUUGCCCGUUCCUGCUGCAGAACCAGAGCCUGAGCCAGAACCAGCUGCCGCCACUGCCCCAGUGCCUGCUGAGGUGGCGGCCCCACCUCCAGCCAAGGAAACCCCAACAGCACCAGCGGAGCCUGAAGCCACAGCGGAGCCGGCUCCUGAGCCGGAGCCGGAGCCGGAGCCGGAGCCGGAGCCCGUCCCAGUGCCUCACCAGCAAGAGGAAGCACGACCAGAACCAGAGACUGUGGCGGAGCCGGUCUCAGAGGCCGCAGGCGCCCCCGCUGAAGCGCCAGCCGAGGAGGCUCCAGAGCAGCCGGAGCCGCCGUCGGAUCUGUCAGCGCUGCUCUACGGGGGCGCCGCUCUGGUGGUCCUGGCUGCCGCCAUGACGUACGGCGUCAUCAGCUUCAGGAGGAAAUAGAAUAGAAAAGGGAUCCUCCUCCUGGGAAGGAGAAUGCUAAUGAUAAGAUCCUACAGUAGAAAUAAAUGUCCUUACAAAUUGUAUUUUUUCGAAUUAGUUAAUUAUUUUUUAAUUAUCUGCUGUAGUUUUUGAAGGCUUAAAAAUCUGUGAAAGUGACCCCCCCCCCCACCAGCCUGCCCCAGCCCAGCCCAGCCCAGCCCAGCAAACCCAAAUACCACCUCAUCAACAACCUCACUGCUGUGAGUCCUGGCUGCUUCAUUAGGUGCAAACACACACAAUGCACUCCACUGCCCUUUUUAUUAUGUUCUUUGGGUUCAUUUGCAUUUUUGUUUAAACUCUUUUUUUUUUUUGUUGUUGUUGUUUGUUUGUUUUUAACUCUGGCAUCCAUUCAUCCGUAGGAGAGUACAGUAAGUGUGUUGGCUCGUGUCCCUCUUCUGCUACUUUCUGUUUCGAUUUGACUUGUUUCAACUUCCACAGAAAAACUUCUGUACUUUUUAUUUAUAUUUUGGGACGUGCGGUUUUCCAGCACUUCUUCUUUUAAACCCAGGAAGGAACACGUUAAUGUUCAUUGUUAUAACCGGUUCACUCUGUAACUUGGAAACAACAUCAAACACAGACUAGAUUUAUUAUGUCGAAUUUAAGUCCCAUGUUACACAAGGGAUUUGUAUGUUUUUUAUGAAGUCCAACACAUAUGCAGUACUACCAAUGCUGCGUUUUAUAGAAAUGAUCAGACAUGCUGAUAUACUUCGAGAUACAGACUUGCCCUAUUUGCGUGAAUCUUAAAUGUACUGUGAAGAUCUAAAAAGACUUAAAUACAACAAAGUAUUGUUUCUGUCUGUAUUGCAUUUUCCCUUUUGGUGUUUUGCUGCUUCAUAUGUGUAGUUUAUGGUGUCAUACAAUCUUUAAAGAUGCCUGAUUAUUAUUUUUUUUUUAAGUUGUUAUAAACUGCACUACAUUUUAUUUGCAUGAGGUAAACAACAAGAUAUCAGCCUCUGCUCAUGUUUGACAAAUGAACAGCAAUUACUGUGAGAGGAGAAGCAGGGAUGGAACGACAGCAGGUUCAUUCAGUUUUCCUGUUAGUGAAAAUGUUAUUUCAUGCUUAGCUUGACCUUUCCUUUCCCUCCUUACCCUCUGGUCUGUUUUCACCCAGUCCUCAUUAGUUCUCACUGUAGUUCUGCACUGUUAUCUUUUUCUUUUAUUUCUUAUGCUGGUUUUAUUACCGAUUAGUCACAAACACACUUCCUCCAGUGACAGGACGCUGAUUCAACAUGUUCUCCAAGUAGAAACUGAGCUACUAAAAUGAAACGUUGUUCUCUGCUUUGACAAUCAUAGCGGCAUGAAAUAGUGUGGACACGUCCACGAGUGCCUGACAGUCUGUUUUCUUAUAAAUCCUGCAUUAAUAUAUGACCCAGUCAGAGAAAUAUCGGCUGAUGCAUUGUGAAGAGAGGAGGUCCCUGAAACAGGAACCUUCAACCGCAGUGAUGAAAUAUCCUGUGUACUGAUUUAGUUUAGCUAGAAGUUCGUUACCUGCGACUAGUGACUCAGUGAAACUGAGUCAGUUGCUGAGACGUCAACAAUUUCCCCAGAACACCACUUAAAUAUUUCCACCUCAGGUGUGGGUAAUAUUGUGGUAGGACCCCCCCCCCAGUACAGAAAAAUAGGAAAUAAAAUUCUGAAUGUCACUGCAAGGUGUUACCAUCAUGGGACACUGAAAGGAUGCUCUUCAAUGUCUGUCUCAGUAUUAAAAUGUGUUACUACCCAUCAGCUCAAACUCAAAGGGAAUCGACUAAAAGUUCAGAGCAGGAUCAAAAAGGUCCCGAACAGGACGCUUUGUAUCUUGAGUUUCCUACAAUAUGCUGUGGAGAAAUGAGAAUAAUAAAAAGAUAAAAACAGAA